AUGAAGAAAGACAUGCCCAACAUCAUAUCUCACAUGCAGUUUGCAUGUGUCCUAGGAAGACUGAAUUCAGAGAACAUUUGUAUUGUUCAAGAGAUUGUGCAAGCCAUGAAGAGGAAGGAAGGCAAAGCUGGUCAUCUUGCGCUGAAAAUGGAUAUGUCUAAAGCCUUCGACAGGCUUGAGUGGACUUUCUUAAUUAACGUCCGAAAGGAAUUUGGGUUUGGUGAUAAAUUUUGUCAGUUGGUGCAUCAAUGUAUUAGUUCCACUCAAAUUGAAAUUAUGUUGAAUGGUGCUCCUACUGCUCUGUUCUUUCCUUCUCGAGGAAUCAGACAAGGUGGCCCUCUUUCGCCCUAUCUUUUUAUCCUAGCCAUGGAAUCAUUCUCAGGAUAUCUUGCUUACUAUGAAGAUAACGACACGCUAACUGGUAUGAAUAUCUCAUGUUCAGCCCCUAAAAUCAAUCAUCUUUUAUUUGCAGAUGACUGCAUCUUAUUUUGUAAGUCCAAUCAAGCUCACACAAGUAAGUUGCUUCAAGUAAUUAAUCAUUUCAGUAGCUGUUCAGGUCAGAUAAUUAAUUUCAAUAAGUCAGCUUUAUUUUUCUCAUCAAAUAUGGAGCCAACAGAUAUUCAAGAUGUUAGUGGUUUUCUUCAAAUUAGAGAACUAAAUAUUAAAGAAGAAAAAUGCUUGGUGCUUCCCUUCUUUGUAGGCAGAAACAAAAGAAUUCCUUUCUUUAUUCUGGUGGACAAAAUGGAUCACAAGUUUUCAAAGUGGAAUGCAAGUAAUAUGUCAGAGACAUCCAGAGUUCAACAGUUCCUAUGGAAAGCUAUCUCUAACCUUCUCUCUACUAAGGAAGCUUUGGGUUAUAAUGUGGUUGGUGAUAACAAUCUAUGUCCGUUAUGUGAUCAACACGUAGAGUCUGCAGAUCAUCUCUUCAUGUCUUGCACAGUUGCCAGACUUGUUUGGUUCACAGUAUGGGAUGGACUUCUAACCCUCGACUUAGUCUUGCAGACUGGAUAUCUAGCUGGUUCACUAAUCAUCCGUAAUUGUGCAGGUGAACAACAAGGAGCAAGGUGUAUCUUCUUGAAAGAUCUCAGACAUGCAGAACAAGCCGAAUGCAUGGAACUGUGGGAGGCGGUGAAAUGGGCAAAGGAAUUACAGCUAGCAAAGGUUUUAGUCUUCGCUACAAAUCUCUCUGCUUUGCGCUACAGCCAUUUAUCGCCCCCUAAUAUCCUGGCUACAUGGGUGUUACAGUUGAAUAACAAAUGGCGAUUAUACAUUUUUAUUAUUGGAAAUGAGGAAUAA